UGGAGGGUGUGUACCUCACUGCCCUACCGACCUGACAGGCUCUGUCCUGCAUCAGACACACACACACACACUCCAUCACACACCACUUCACGUCUCCUUCUUCCUCCGCUCACUGAGCUUCUUCCUCCUGAAGAAGAUGCCUCUCCAGUCCACGCUGUCGGGCCAGGGCUCCGGCUCCAAGAAGGCCGUGGACACGCAAUCGGAUGGGAAGUCGUUUGAUGAUCUGAGGCACGAAUGUCUGAAGGAGGGGGUCCUGUUUGAGGAUCCAGACUUCCCCGCCGAAGACUCUUCGCUCUACUUCAGCCAGAGUGUUCCUGUCAAUAUUGAAUGGAAGAGGCCGAAGGAGAUCUGCGACAACCCGAAGUUCAUCGUCGGCAACGCAGACAGGACAGACAUUUGCCAAGGACAACUUGGGGACUGCUGGCUCCUGGCAGCCAUCGCAUCCUUGACCCUCAAAAAAGAAACCCUGGCCCGAGUCGUCCCCCACGACCAGGACUUCGACCGCAGAUACGCUGGCAUCUUUCACUUCCAGUUCUGGAAUCACAACAGAUGGCUGGACGUGGUGGUGGACGACAGGCUGCCGGCGGUUAGAGACAAACUCAUCAUGCUUCACUCCGCCUCCAACGACGAGUUCUGGAGCGCCCUGCUGGAGAAGGCCUACGCCAAACUGCACGGCAGCUACGAGUCCCUGAAGGGCGGCAGCACGAUGGAGGCCAUGGAGGAUUUUACCGGCGGUGUCGGUGAAGUUUACGAAACUAAUAACGCCACAGACAGACUGUUCUCGACCAUGAAGAAGGCACUGGACAGAGGCUCCAUGAUGGGAUGCUCCAUUGAUAUCACCAGCUCUGCAGAGUCUGAGGCCAAGACAACCACCGGCCUGGUGAAGGGACACGCGUACUCCAUCACAGGCGUGGAGGAGGUGACUGUCCGAGGGCAGAAGGUCCAGCUGGUCCGGGUCAGGAACCCCUGGGGUCAGGUCGAGUGGAACGGCCCCUGGAGUGACAGUUCCAGAGAGUGGAAUAAUGUUGACGCAGCUGAUAAAAAUCGCCUCCUGCAGAAAUCAGACAAUGGUGAAUUCUGGAUGGAGUUUAACGACUUCAAGAGGAACUACAACAAGGUGGAGAUCUGCAACAUGACCCCCGACGACCUGUCCGACAACACAAAGCGCCACUGGGAAGUAAACAUGUUUGAGGGAAACUGGAUCCGCGGCUCCACCGCUGGAGGCUGCAGGAACUUCAUCGACACAUUUUGGACCAACCCGCAGUUCAAGCUGCAGCUGGAGGACGCUGACGAUGACGACGACGUGUGCAGCGUGGUGAUCGCUCUGAUGCAGAAGAACAGAAGAAAGCUGAGGAAGGAAGGCAUGGACAUGGAAACCAUCGGCUUCGCAGUGUACGAGGCUCCAGAGGACGUGGACCAACUGGGAAAAGAUUUCUUCCGCUACCACGCAUCCAAAGCUCGCAGCAGGACCUACAUCAACAUGCGGGAGAUAUCGGAGCGCUUCACACUGCCUCCUGGGAAUUACCUGCUGGUCCCCACCACCUUCCAGCCCCACCACGAGGCCGACUUCAUCAUCAGGGUCUUCUCAGAGAAGAAGACCGAGGCUCUCGAGAUGGGAAGCAACGUUGACGCUGACCUCCCAGAUCCGCCCCCACCCUCCGCUCCAGAGGACGAGACGGACGAGGAGAAAGGCCUGAGGAGGCUGUUUGAACAGCUCGCUGGUGAUGACGAGGCCAUCUCCGUCAGAGAGCUCCAGCAGAUGCUGAACGGCGUCCUCAGCAGACGAAAAGAGAUCAAAUUUGAAGGCCUGAGUCUGAGCACCUGCCACAGUAUCAUCAACCUGAUGGAUGUGGACAACACGGGCCAGCUGGAGUUCCAAGAGUUCAAGGUCUUCUGGGAGAAGAUGAAGAAGUGGAUCAUGCUCUUCUUGUCCUUUGACACCGACCGCUCAGGAAAGAUGUCGUCCUACGAGCUUCGCAUCGCUCUCAAAGCUGCAGGCAUGCAGCUGAACAACAAACUCCUGCAGCUGAUCGGCUUGAGGUUUGCUGACGACAAAUACGACAUCGACUUCGACGACUACCUCACCUGCAUCGUCCGCCUGGAGAACAUGUUCAGAGCUUUCCAGGUUCUGGACAAAUCCCGCAGAGGGCGGGUGAACAUGAACAUCAUGCAGUUCCUGAUGUUGUCGAUGAACGUCUGAGGAAACGCUGAGAGCAAACAGAAGCCACCAGAAGAACAAAAUGUGUGCAGCGUGCUGAAUAUUCGUGCCUCAAACUCACAAUAUCUAUCGGUUUUAUUUUUAUUUUAUUUGGCUAAAUAAAGUGAGAUACUUGCUGCGCGGAAGAGUUGGAAUGCUGGGAUCGACUGUUAAAAUGUGCUGACUCGUGCUUUUGGAGCAAACAUUGUUUUAUUUUCUCUGCGUGAAUGGAAAUAAACUUUGAAUAAAAACGUCUGGUUUUGGGUUGAAA